AUGGAAAGGCCAUUAAAAAUUACGGGAUCUGCUACUCAGCCACUGCGCGCUAGAUUCAUUUUACUUUUUUCUAAAACAAGGGAAUUAAAUUUUGACAUGGAAGAUACUUUAUUUAGCAAUGUAGUAGGAUUUAUUUUGGUUGCAGUUUGCUGGGGGUUUACAAAUCCAUUCAUGAAAAAGGGGAGUGCUGGAUUAGAGAACAUCAAACAAGAAACAUGGUUGAGACAAACGCUUGCUGAAAUUUGGUUUCUUGUGACCAGAUGGCAGUACAUUGUACCCUUGAUAUUGAAUUUGAGUGGAUCUGUUGUAUACUAUUAUACUCUUGGUCAAGCAGACUUGUCGCUAGCUGUUCCGAUAACAAACUCUCUAACCUUUAUAUUUACCACGCUAGCAGCUGCAUUACUGGGAGAAGACGUUGGCGACAAAGGUG